AUGCCAAUAUCCACCUCCUUCAUCCUCCCCACCACUCUAACCCUCUCCCUCUCCCUCUCCUGCUACCUCAUCUACCACCACCGCCGCCUGCACCACUCAACAAGCACAACCCACCGCGACGGCACGCUCGCCGCGCACAGCAUCCCGCUCGACAACCUCGAAACCGUGCCCACCGCAGUAUUCAGUUCGGGCCAAUUCUUCUCUGUGUACGAUCGCGCCGCGCGGAUCGUGCCAAGAAACAAGUUUCCCGCUCUCAACCACCACCACAAACUCAUCAAUCAUGGGAACAAAAGUGAAGGGAGAAGUGAAGGGGAUUUGUUAACGCUCUACCUCCGCCACACCCUAACCCUCUUCACCUCCCUCCCGCAAGCUUACCUCAUCAAAUUCCUGCUUUUACCCCGUUCCGCUCGAUACAGCUUUGGCGCUGACUAUAUUAAUUCCCUAUCCUUUGUUGAGGGGGAUGUCGUCUGUGGCGUGUAUACGGUUUUGCUGCGGACGGCACGGAAAGUGGAGUUUGGUAUUGCGGCGCCGGGCGGAGCGGAUGGUGUGCAGGGGCGGUUGGUUGUGGGGAUUAACCCUGAUAUAGAUUUAAAGGGUGAAGAUCAAGAUGAAGAGGGUAGGGUGGAGGUGUAUAGUGAGACGGCCAUGUGGCGCGAUGCUGACAGCCGCGUGGUGAUGCCGUUGGAGAGGGCGCUGGGGAGGGCGAUGCAUGAGUUGGCGGCGUGGUGGUUGUUGGAGAGGGGGGUGGAGUAUUUGCAGCGUUUGGAUUGA